CGACAUGUGCAGCAAAACAGAAGCGGUUAAUGUUUAGAGUGUGUUUUAAAGCGGUUUUGUGAUAUUUGCUUCAAUAGCAGGUUUUCCUCAUAUGAUAUAGAUGUUUUAUUUAUCCCGUCAUGGAGGAUUUACCCGGAGAUUUGAGAGCGUUUCUACAGAAGCAUCCUUGUUUUCAACUCACAGACUCCAAGAAGAUUAAGUGCACACUGAACGACCACGAGUUUCCCUGCAGCCUCGAUGAACUACAACACUUCACAUCAGGGAAGAAAUACAAGAAACUGAGCGCUGAGGUGGAGUUUGACUACAGGCAGUACGAGCCCCAUGUAGUCAGCAGCACUAAACAGCCUAAUCAUCUCUUCUGCAAACUCACGUUACGCCACAUCAACCGCGUUCCUCGACAUGUUCUUCGCCACGUCACCGGCAAGCGCUACAGGAAGGCUCUAGAUCAGUAUGAGGAGUGUGUGCGUCAGGGUGUGAAGUUUGUCCCGGUCCAGCUCCGGCAGAAGAAGAGAGCAGCAGUGUGUGACGAGGCCUCAGGAAGUGACAAACGGCCCACAGGAAGUGACAAACGAGCCACAGGAAGUGAUAAACGAGCCACAGGAAGUGAUAAACGAGCCAGCAGGAAGGAGGACAGUGGCGUCUGGGCUCCAGGUUCGAGUGACGUGGAGGACAGCGACUCUGAGGACAGUCUGUCUGACCUUUAUCCACCUUCUCUCUUCAUUAAGAAGGAAGAGGAAGAGCAGAACAUGAAAGAGGAAGAGGACUUUGAGACUGAUGAUGAUGAUGAGGAAGAUGAAGUUUCUGAAAUGGAAGUAGAAAACCAGACACAGAAACGCAAAAAGCUUCCUCCUCCCGGCUCCACCAAGAGGUUUAAGAAGAACAGAAAGAAGAAUGGUUUUAAACAUGUUGGCAAAGUAAAUGGAAAAUAAAAAAGUUGAACUCA